UACUUUUGCGAUUACGAGAAGUAUAAAUAAAGAAGGGGGCGAGAAAAAGAAAGGGGAAGAACAAGCGACAAUGUCGGGGAAAGGAGCAAAGGGGUUGGUAUCAGCAGCGAUCAAGUCUCCUUCCUUAAAAAACAAAGACAAGAAGAAAGCCACCACUCGCUCUUUUCGCGCUGGUCUCCAGUUCCCAGUAGGUCGGAUUCACCGGCUUUUGAAGACGAGGGUUUCUGCAAACGGAAGGGUUGGAGCAACCGCUGCAGUUUAUACAGCAGCAAUACUGGAGUAUCUGACUGCAGAAGUGCUGGAGUUGGCAGGUAAUGCAAGCAAGGAUCUUAAAGUAAAACGUAUAACCCCUAGGCAUUUGCAGCUUGCUAUCCGGGGAGAUGAAGAACUUGACACCCUCAUUAAGGGAACUAUAGCUGGUGGAGGAGUUAUUCCUCACAUCCAUAAGUCGCUUAUCAACAAGUCUUCCAAGGAGUAAGAGUGUAAGAUGAACUUCAUAGUUUCUCCACUUUGAACAUGAGAAGAAUGUAAAAGAAACAAAACACAUAAACUUAGUACCUGCAGCGUCCAUAUGUUUCUUAUAUGUUUUGAGUCGGACAACCUUUACAGUGGCAAAUUACUUGCACAUCAGUUUCGUUUGUCUGUGCAAUGUUAGGGACAUCAGUUAUGUUUGCUGUUUGUCUUUUGAGUGUUGAUCUGAUGACAUUUUUGGUGUUAAACCUUUUAAUAUGACAUGUGCUUGGAUGUGCAA